AUGAAGGCCAUUCAGAUGGUACUCUUCUUGUUAUUCAUUUUGGCCAUGCUAACGGCUUUGGUCAUGGCUGAAUUAGAACCACAAUUUGAAUUAGCCUCGUCACUUCGCAGCACCAAAGGGUUCCAUCACGGGCGCCACGGUGUUGGUGGGGCGAUGACUUGCAAUAAGUACCCACGAGUUUGUCGUGUGGCCGGGAGCCAAGGGCCGGACUGUUGCCAUAAGAAAUGUGUGAAUGUGUCAACGGACAGAAACAACUGUGGUAGGUGUGGGAAGAAGUGCAAGUACUCCCAGCUUUGUUGCAAAGGAAAGUGUGUGAAUCAUAUGGUGGAUAAACACCAUUGUGGAAUCUGCGGUAACAAGUGCAGCAAAGGGGAUUCCUGCAUCUACGGUAUCUGCAGCUAUGCCUGA